AUGGCCAACAUGUCCAGCUCUUUGACCUUUAUUGAAAUGCAGGGAAAAGUAUUUUUUUCAGGUGAGAGGAUAUUUAAGCUGUUCCUGGUGCUGUCCACACACUUUGUCUUUAUUUACAUUAAUAUUCUGAUGUUGUUCACACUGCGCACCAAGGCCAUCUUUCGUGAGUCACCUCGCUAUAUCCUCUUUACCCACAUGCUCCUGAAUGACACCAUUCACUUGGUGAUUGCCUUGGUGCUCUACAUAUUCAAUUCUGUCAUCAUUGCGGUCAUGCGUGCUGUUUGCGCCUUCAUCGUGCUGCUGUCUGCAUCAACAUUUGUCAAUGGGCCGCUCAACCUAACUGUCAUGUCCCUGGAAAGGUACAUAGCCAUCUGCUUCCCAUUACGACACAGUGAAUUGGCUACGCCAGCACGUGUGAAUGCAGCAGUGGCUCUAGUGUGGGUUCUGGGCAUCACUGAUGUGCUAACUGAUGUGUGUGCGCUCUUCCUCCUCACAGAGCCAUCCUUCUACCUGUCUCCUGCAGUGUGUUCCAUGACGCAGCUCAUGGUGGCACCAUGGCAGCAAAGCAGGAGUGUGGUGUUCAAAGUUGUGCUUUUUGUCACCGUAGCCAUUGUGUUGCUCUUCACAUAUGUGGCCAUCCUGCGACAGGCACAUGCUGCCUCUUCUGACACCUCUGCCCAUAAGGCCUUGCGUACUGUAGUACUGCAUGUGUUACAGCUUGGUCUCUCAAUCAUGUCGUUUCUUUUUGAGUAUAUAGUGUACCUGCUAAGAAGCCUGCCAUCUCCUCUAUACAUAGAGCUGCACUUCCUCACUUUCUUUAUGGUCCUGGUCAUACCACGCUGCCUCAGCUCGCUGAUCUAUGGACUAAGGGAUGAAACAUUUAGACCACUGUUCAAACAGAACUUCUGUGGGAAAAUAAAAAUUGCACCUUUAAAUGCUUUUGUAAAACACUAA